GGCGGCGGUUCGCGCGCCUGCUGGGGGUUGGGGGAGCUUCGGGGAGCUUGAGCGCGUCAUGGCGGCCGGAGGGCCUCAGGCUGGUGGCUCCGAGCAAGCCUGGCUUGAGACUGCCCAGACCUUUAUCCAAGAGACCCUGUGUCCACCUGACAAGGAGCCUAACAUCCAGUUGUCUCAAUUGGUAAUUGAUUGUGUGAAGACUGUCUGGUCGUCUCAGGGAAGGAAUCAGGGUUUUACACUGCCCCUCAGCUACAGCUUUGUCUCAGUACAAGACCUCAGGACCCACCAGCGUCUCCCGUGCUGCAGUCAUCUGUCCUGGAGUAGUAGUGCGUACCAGGCUUGGGCUCAAGAGGCUGGACCAAAUGGGACUCCUCUCCCCCGGGAGCGGCUUUUACUUUUAGGGACGCUAACAGACCUAUCAGGGGACUUGGAACAAGAGUGCAGGAAUGGAAGCCUCUAUGUGAGGGAUAACACAGGAAUCCUGAGCUGUGAGCUCAUAGAUCUGGACCUUUCUUGGCUGGGCCAUCUCUUUCUGUUUCCCAGUUGGAGUUACCUCCCUCCUGCCAGGUGGAAUUCCUCAAAGGAAGGGCAUUUGGAGCUCUGGGAUGCCCCUGUGCCAGUGUUUCCUUUCUCCAUCAGUCCUGGACCUCUCACGCCUAUCCCUGUCCUCUACCCAGAGGUUGCUUCCCGCCUGCUCAGGCACAGCAAGCACAGAGUUGUACAGUCAAACCUGGCAGGGAAGCUGGUUCGGUUGAGUGCUCUGGUAAAAAGUCAGCAGAAAGCUUACUUCGUCCUGUCUCUUGGUGGAUCAUCCCCAGCUGUCAGCCACGUGUCCAUCGUUGUACAGGUCCCUGCCCAGCUGGUGUGGCACCGAGCCCUUUGGCCUGGUAGGUCUUAUGUGCUGACAGAACUGCGAGUAUUCAAGGUCCGUGGUUUCCAUCACCGUGUUUGGACGACCAGUACCUCUUCUAGUCUGUUGCCACUGAAACCAGAAUGUGUGCGGGAGCUGGAAUUGGAACCGGAGCUGGAAGGAUCCUUGGAGACUGACCCCAAGCCACUCCCCAUGCCUAGCACCUCCCAGGACAGGAAUGAGCAAAAAGGUCUUAUCCGGAACUCCAAACUGUUAUCAUACACAGGGACAGUCACUGGCGUGUUUAAUGAGCCUGCUGGCCUCUAUGAGCUGGAUAGGCAGCUGGGGCUCUGCCUCGCUUACCAGCAGGUCCGCGGCCUCAGGCGGGUGAUGCGACCUGGGGUCUGUCUGGAGCUCCAGGAUGUCCACCUUCUCCAGUCAGUGGGUGGAGGAACAAGCAGGCCGGUGCUCGCCCCCUGUCUCCGUGGUGCUGUUCUGCUUCGGGGCUUCUCUCGUCAGAAGCCUGGGACUCAGUUGUCCCACCAAGCCCACGGGGCCUCCUUGUUUGAGCAGUUGGUCUGGGAACAUCAGUUAGGACUUCCCCUCUACCUUUGGGUGACCAAAGCCCUGGAGGAGCUGACCUGCAAGCUUUGUCCCCAUGUGCUGAGACACCGCCAGUUCCUGCAGCACUCCUCUCCUGGGAGCCCCAACUUGGGACUGCAACUCCUGGCUCCGACCUUGGAUGGUUUGGCUCCGCCAGGCAGCACCUUUCGGAAUGCACACAGUGAGAUCUUCAUAGAGCCUCAUCGCUGUCCCCUCCAGAAAUAUGCUCGGCUGCAGACACCGUAUUCUUUCCCCACUCUGGCCACUUUGAAAGAGGAAGGACAGCGCAGGGCCUGGGCCUCCUUUGACCCUAAGGCCCUUCUGCCACUCCCAGAGGCUUCCCACCUGCCUAGCUGUCAACUCAAUCACCGCCUGGCCUGGUCCUGGCUCCGUCUGCUGCCCUCUGCCUUCCAGCCAGCCCAGGUUUUACUUGGUGUUUUGGUGGCUUCAUCUCAUAAAGGUUGUCUGCAGCUUCGGGACCAAAGUGGUUCCCUCCCCUGCCUCCUCCUGGCCAAGCAUUCGCAACCCCUCGCUGACCCCCAGCUUAUAGGCUGCCUGGUGCGGGCAGAGAGGUUUCAGUUGGUCAUAGAGAGAGACGUCCGAAGCAACUUCCCUUCCUGGAAGGAGCUGAGCAUGGCAGGCUUCAUCCAGAAGCAGCAGGCCAGAGUAUAUGUGCAGUUCCUCCUGGCCGAUGCCCUGAUCUUGCCUGUACCCAGAUCCUUCUUUCAUUCAGCCAGUUUCUCCACACCUCAGACAGAGCCCCCCUGUCCAGAGGGACCCCAGAUAGCACAGAGCCGGCUCUUCCUGCUUUUUCACAAGGAGGCCCUCAUGAAGCGGAAUCUUUGUGCACCCCCAGGAGUCAGUCCAGAGGAACUCAAGCCCACUCUCAGUUUUCAUGUGUCAGGGAGCUGGCUUGGGGGCACUCAGAGGAAGGAUGAUACUGGAUGGGGCCCACCUGAGCCCCAGGGAGAUAAAGACAAGGAUGAGAAGGUUUUUCUCAUCUUCUUGGGCCCUUCAGUCCGCUGGUUUGAGUUCUUGCACCCAGGGCGAGUCUAUCGACUGGUGGCCCCUGGGCCCCAGAUGUCGAAGGUGUUCGAGAAUGAUGAUUCAUCCUGUAUAUCUCAGCGUCCUCUGGAGUUGGCUGGCUGUGUGUCCUGCCUUACUGUGCAGUACCAGUGGACCCUGGAGCUUGAGAGCUCCCUGGAUACCCCAGUUGUACCAGGCGUAAACAAGGCACUGCCUGAAUCCUCGCUGACUAACCUGUUCAGUGGCGACUUCACAGAUUCCUUGGUGUCUUUCUCCGCUGAGAUUUUGGCACGGACACUGUGUAAGCCACUUCUGGACUCUCUUUGGACAAAACCCGGGAAUCCUGGGCUCCUAAGAGGGUGUGUGAAGUUAACCGUAGCUCUAGAAAUUGCCGACUGUGAAUUUCCCCCUCACCUGGACAUAUAUAUCGAAGACCCACACUUGCCCACCCCAUUAGGACUCCUUCCGGGAGCCCGAGUCUACUUCAGCCAACUGGAGAGAAGAGUUUCGAGAUCCCACAAUGUCUACUGUUGUUUCCGGCCAUCCACUUAUGUGCAGGUCCUGAGUUUUCCUCCAGAGGCCAUAGUCAGCAUUCCCCUGCCCCACAUCUACCUGGCUGAACUUCUACAGGGAAGCCAGGCUCCUUUCCAGGCCACUGCCUCGUGCCAUAUCGUUUCUGUCUUCGCCCUUGAACUCCUCUGGGUGUGUACUCAUUGUACCAGCAUCUGCCCUCAGGGGAGGUGCAUUCAUCGGGACCCUACUUGCCUCACUCAGACAUCUGUAAGCCAGGCCAGCAUCAGGCUCCUGGUGGAGGAUGGGACAGCUGAAGCUGCAGUGACCUGUAGGAAUCAUCAUGUGGCAUCAGCACUAGGGCUGUGUCCUAGUGAGUGGACCUCCCUCCUAGAGUUUGUCAGGGUGCCAGGGAGAGUGACCUUGCAAUUUACAGGGCGUGGAGCCCAACUGGAGUCCUCAGCUGAGAUUGAUGAGCCCUUGACCCUCUUCCUCCGGACACUUUGUACCAGCCUCUCUGUCCUUCGCCCUAUUGAGCUUUCUUUCGAACUUGAGAGGAAACCCUCUAAGAUCAUCCCAUUAGAACCUCCUCGGCUACAGCGCUUCCAGUGUGGAGAGCUCCCUCUGUUGACUCGUGUGAAUCCCAGGCUCCAACUGUCCUGCCUUUCUAUCCAGGAGCCAGAGCACACCAGCUUUGUUUCUUCCUGUUAACCUGACUGCAAGAAUGGGCCUGCACAUUCUUCCUGCUUUGCUGGAGACCUUGAGGGCUGGGUCCCAGCUCUUCCCCCUUGCUGUGGCUCCUACUUCUCUUUGAUUGAAACAGGACACUGAAUCCCUGGAUUCACAAACUGCCACCCCACUGUAACUUCUUGGCAUUCUGGUGCCAGUCUGCCUUGGAAAAACCAUGGAAACAGUGAAAUCAUGGCACCAUUACUAUUUCCUCUUUGGUUAGGGUCAGAGCACCUUUGUGCUGCCUUUGUGGCAUGAACCAGAGGAACAAAAGAAUUACCCCUCAUAGGGGUGCUAAUGAUAGGCCUUUUGGUCUGCAAUAAAGUUUUUUGGUGAUGUCUCUCACUUACACACA